GCAGCAGGAGGAGGAGGGGCAGCGGUAGCAGUGGUAGUCGUCGUGGUGGGACCCGUACCUCUCUCUCAUUGAUGUCGGUCAGACGUGGUGGCCUUUAAAUACUUCUUCCAUAUGAUGUCCACACGCCAGCAGCUGGUUGCAUUUCUGCACCAUGUCCACCUUGUGAAAAUCCAUUGUCUGAAGUAUGGUAAAGAAUCCCUCCAAGGAGGAAUCUCCACUGGCAUGUGAGCAAAUGACUGCAGCAGGUUCUUCGCAGAAAACUAUGUUAUUAAAAUGUGUUUGUCAGUGCUUCAUAAAUUCUUUGAAAUUAAUCACCCUCGUCGUAUGUUACUACAUCCUCUCCAUCACUCUCACAUUCUACAACAAAUUAUUUGUAAAGCAUUUCCAUCUUCCUUUGUCCCUGACCCUUUUUCAUCUCAUCAUCAAAUUUGUCCUGUCCUGGAUUGUAAGAAUCGUCUACGAAUGGAAGACCCAAAUCCGCCGGGUUGAAGUCUCUUGGCCAAACUAUGUAAAACGAUUGGCGCCACCAGGUAUUGCUAGUGCUCUUGACAUUGGUAUGUCUAACUGGAGUUUUGAAUACAUUACUGUCUCACUGUAUACAAUGUCUAAAUCUUCCACAGUUUUAUUUAUCCUGGGAUUUUCCCUCCUCUUCAGACUGGAAAAAUUUCGACCAUCUCUACUUGUGGUCGUUGUCUUCAUUUCCGGUGGUUUAUUCCUCUUCACUUACCAUUCCACUGAAUUCAACCUAAUUGGCUUUAUGCUGGUGAUGACUGCGACAUUUCUCUCCGGACUCCGUUGGACCCUAACACAACUGGUGGCACAAAAAGAAGGGCUAGGUUUAAGCAACCCCCUUGAUAUGAUGUAUCAUAUUGAACCCUGGAUGAUCCUUAGCCUUUUACCAUUGUCGGCUUCAUUCGAAGGUUUGCGAAUUGUCAGCACAAAGCAGUUUUUCCGAUAUGAACAUAUAUCUGUGGCCUUGAAGAACUGUGGUUGGGCAUUAAUUGGUGCCAUACUCGCCUUCUUUAUGGAAAUAGCUGAAUUUCUCCUGAUUAGUAACACUUCUAGUCUUACUCUUUCCAUUGCAGGAAUUUUCAAGGAAAUAAUUGUACUCUUUUUAGCUGCUGAAAUCAACGGGGACCAUAUUUCCAUUCUAAAUGCUGUGGGAUUUUUCAUUUGUUUAUGCGGAAUGUGUUUCCAUAUAUUUUUAAAGAAUUAUCGGAGAUAUGAGGACACAAACAAGGUUGAAGAACUAAACGAGGAAACAGCGACGGUGUUGAUAUCCUUCCAAUGUUGGGUUACACAACUUCUCUACUUCUGUGAUGUAAUAAUGAACUGCUUUUGGAGUGGUAUGUUCUACAUCAGUGCUUCUCAAACUGAUGUGGAAUACCGGCAGAUUGCCAUCCGGAAUAAUCUACGAAGCGCGGUUUUCUGUCCAGGGAUUGAGUUGAGCGGGGGAUUUUUAAGCUGCCCAUCCAAGGCCUUCUCCGUUGACGUGAGCAGUAUGGUCACUAAAUACUCUUGCUCAGGGAUCGAUGGAAUAGAUCCUAACUCAGUCACACAGGCAUCUGCAAAGACCAGCUUCCGUUUCCCUGAACCACUGAUGGUGUAA